AUGGACAGAAAACGACUGCAUUAUGACGCGCAGUUGUCGAUGGAGUGGAUGCAACAAUACCGUCCUCUUUUUACGUUUCUCAUAGUUGCGUACGCGUUAUUUGUUAUUAGUGUGCGGCCAAUUUGUAAAGGCAGAAGAAGCCAAGGCAUGGCAACGAUCAUUUUUUGUUGGAACGCCUUUAAUGCGUUGGCGGAUAUUGUCCUGCUUCUUGCCUUAUUACCUGAUUUCCUAAGUUCUUUUCGUCAAGGCUUCUACUCAAGUUUAUGUCUAAAUGCUGACCUUUACAAGAACCCAAGGUCGGGAAAGGCAAUAUUCACAUUUCACAUCAGCAAGAUGUGGGAAUUAUUGGACACCGUACUUUUGAUAUUGGAUGGUCGUAAAACGAAUCAUCUUCACGUGGCUCAUCACAUCGUUGUUUCCAUUUCGAUGAUCUGCGCUUAUCAGCGUAUCGGUGCUGUGGCUCGUUGGAUUGCUACCACCAAUCUUGCUGCUCAUUCCGCACUUUACUCUUACCUGGCAGCUCAAAGUUGUAUUUGGAAACGUCGUACAUGCAGCGCACGUGUAAUCAACGGAAUCCAGAUGGCACAGUUUCCCAUUUGCUUGUUUGGUCUUAUCAAAAUACGCCAAUUUAUAAAUGCCAGAAAGAAGUGUGAGACAAGCUACAGUGGGCUAUGCAUUCUAAUCUAUUCGUCCUUUUUCAUUCUCUUCGUUUCAUUUUACGCCAACAAAUACAGAAAAGAUAGCAUUGGUAGAGAUUAUGUCUUCUAA